AUGGGGGGGGGGGGGGGGGGGGUUUUUGGUUUUUUGUGUGGUUUGGUUGGUGGGGGUGUUGUGUUGGGGGUUGAGUGGGGUUUGGGUUUUUUGUUAGGGGUGGGUGUGAGUGUUUUUGUGUUUUAUGGUAUGUGGUGUGUUUUUUGUUUUGGGUUUGGUUUUGUGGGGGGGUGUGGGGUGUGGUGUUGGGGUUUUUUUUGGGUUUUGUGUUUGGGGGGUUGUUUUGGUUGGUUGGGGGUUGUUUUGUUGGGUGGUGGGGGAUUUUUGAUAUUUGGAAGGUUGGGUGGUUGGUUUGUGGUGUUAGUGGGGGUUUGUGGUUGGUUUUGUUGGUGGGGGGGGGGGGGGGGUUUUUGGUGGUUGUGUGUGUGUUUUGGGUGUUUGGGGGGGUGUGGGGUUGUGAUUUUUGUUGGGUUUUUGGUUUGUGGGGGGGUGUUUGUUUUGUUUUUUUUUGGUGUGGGGGUGGGGUUGGUUGGGGUUGUUGUUUUUUUUUGGUGUGGUGUUUUUUUUUUGUGGUUGUUUGUGGUGUUUUUGUGGGGGUUUGUUAUGGUGUGGGGUUUAGUUUUGGUGUUGGGUUGGUUUGUGAUUUGGGGGGUUUUAGUUUUUUGUUGGGUAUGUUGUAGUGUUGAUUUUGUUGUUUGUGGGUGGUGGUGGUGUUUUUGUGUGGGGGGGGGUGGUGUGUUUUUUGGUAGUUGGUGGGGUUGGUGGUGGGUUGGUUUGGGUGGGGGUGGGGGGGGGGGUGUUUUUGGGUUUUUUUUGGUUUGUAUUGUGGGGGUGUGGGAGGUGGGUGUUUGUGGUUGGGUGGUUGGUUGUUUUGUGUUGUUGGUGUGGUUUUUUGUGUUGUGUGUUGGGUGGUGGUGGGGGGUUGGUUUGGUUGGUGGGGUGUUUGGGUGUUUGUGGGGUUUUGUUGUGGUGUUUGUUUUUUUGGGUUGGGUUUGGGGGGGUUUGGGUUUUUGUUGGGUUUUGUAUUUUUUGUGGUUUUGGGUUGGUGUAGGGGGGUUUGUAUUGUUUUUGGGUGUUGGGGGUUUUUGGGGUUUUGUUGUGGGGGGUGUGGUGUUUGGGGGUUGGUGGGGGUGUUUGUUUGUUUGUGUGAGAGGGUGUUGUGAGGGGUGGGGGUUUGGUUGGUUUUUUAGUGGGGGUUGUUUUUGGGGGUUUGUGGGGUGUUGUGAGUUUGGGGUGGUUGGGGGUUUGGUUUGUGUUGGGUAUAGUUGGUUUGUUGAGUGUGGGGUUGUGGUGGGGUGUUUUGUGUGGGGUGGGGGGGUUUGGUUUGGUUGGUGUUGGGGGGGGGGGGGUGGGGUGGUUUGUGUUGGGGUUGGGGGUAUUUGGUGGGGGGUUGUGGUUUGGGUGUGUAGUGGUUUGGGUGUGGGUUGUGGGGGGGUGGUUGGGGUUUGGGGGGGGUGUUUGUGGGUGUGUUUUUUGGUGGUUGUUGGUUGGGUGGGUUGUGUGUGUUGGGGUUAUUGGUUUUGUGGUGGUUUUUGUUUUUAUUGUUUUUUUUUGUUUUGUGUGUUGGUUUGUUGGUUUUGUUGUGGGUUUGGGUGGGGGGUGUGUGUUGUUUUUGUGUGGAGGUGGUUUUUGUGGGUUGGGGUUUGGUGGGUUGUUUUUUUUGUUUUUUUUGUUGUGUGUUUUUGGGGUUUUUGUUGUGUGGGUUUUGUUUUGUGUGGGUGGUGGGGGUGGUUGGGGGUGGUGGGUGUGGGGGGGGGGGGUUGGGGUUGGGGGUUUGUGGUUUGUGGGGUUUUGUAUGGGUUGUGGGGGGUGGUGGGUGUUGGUGGGGUUGGGGUGGUGGGUUGGGGGGGGGGGGGGGUUGGGUGUGGGUUAGGGGGGUUUGGUGGGUUUGGUGGGGUGGGGUGGGGGGUUGUGGUGGGGGGGGGUUUUUUUUUUGGGUUUGGUGGUGUGGUGUUUGGGUUUGGGGGGUGUUUGGGGGGGGGGGGGGUGGGGGUUAGAAUUGGGGGUUUUGGUGGGGGUUGUUUUGUAUUUUUGGGUUAUGGUUAUUUGGUUGUUUUUUUUUGGGUUGGUUGGUUUUUUUUGUUUGUGUGGUUGGUUUUUGGUGGGGUUUGGUUUGGUUUUUGUUGUGUUUGUAGUUGGUGGGGGGGGGUGUGGGGGUGGGUGGGUGGGUGGUUUUGUUUGUUUUGGUUGGUUGUGUGGGGUGGUGGUUGUGUUGGUGGGGGGGGUUGGGGGUGUGUUGGUUGUGUGGGGUUUGUGUUUAGGGUGGGGGUGUGUGUGUGUGGGGUGGGGGUGGGGUUGUUGGUGUUGUGUUGUUGGUGGUGUUGGUGGGUGGGUGUUUUUGUGUGUUUGGGGUGGUUUAGGGGUGGUGGUGUUUGGUGGGGGGGUGUGGGGGUUUUGUGGGUGGUUGUUUGUAGGUGGGGUUGUGUUGGGUGUUGGUGGGUUUUGGUUUGGGUUGUGUUGUUUGUUUUUGUGGAGUGGGUUGGGGUUGGUUUGGUUGUGGUUUUUGGGGUUGUGUGUUUGUUGGUUUUGUGGGGGUUGUGGUGGGGGUGGGUGGGUGGGUUGGUUGGUUGGGGGUUUUGGGGGGGUGGGGGUGUGUUGGUGGUGGUGUUUGUGGGUUUGUUGGGUUUUGUUUUGUGUGUGGUGGGGGGGGGGUGUGUUUGGGGUGGGGGGUGGUGGGUUUUUGGUUGGUGGGUUGGUGUGGUGUUGUGUUUUUGUGUGGGGUUUUUGUUGUGGGUUUUUGUGUUGGUUUGGGGGGGGUUUGGGUUUAGUAUUUGUAGUGUUUUGUUGGGUGUGUUGUUUGAGGUUGUGUUUUUGGGGGGGUUUGUUUGUUUUUGUGGGGGUUUUUGUUUGGAUGUUUGGUUUUUUUGGAUGGUUGUUUGGGUUUUUGGGGUGGGAGUGGGUUGGGGGGGUUGUGUUUGGGUAGGUUGGGGGGUUUUUGGUGGUUGUGGGGGGUUGGUUGGGGGUGGGGGUAGGAGAAGGUUAUGUUUUUGGGUUGUGUUGUUGGGGGUUUGGGGUUGGUUUUUGGUGGUGGAUUUGGGGGUUGUAAUUUUGGGGGUUGUUUGGUUGUUGGUUUGUUGUUUGGGGGGGUUUUUUUGUUUGGGAUUUUUGGGUUUGGUUUGUGUUGUUGGGGAUUGGAUAGUAUUGUUGGUGUAUGUAUGUGGGUUUUUGGGUGUUUGUGGGUGUUUUUUUGUGGGGUGUUGGUUUAUGGUUUUUGUGGGGGUUUUUUUGUGGGGGGGGGGGGAGGGGGGUAGGUUUAUAUUUUUUGGUAGAUGGUGGUGUUGUUGGUGUGUGGGGGUUUGUGGUUUUUUUUUUGUGGUUUGGGGGUUUGGGGUGGGGGUUGUUUGUUGGGGGGUUGUUGGGGUGGGUGUGGGGGUGGUUGUGUUUGGGAUUGUGGAUGUUUUGUUGGGUUGGGUGUAUUUUUGGGGUGGGGGUGGGAGAUUUUUUGGUGGUAUGGUUUGUUUGUUUUUGGGUUUUGGAGGGGGUGGUUGUUGGGUGGUUGUGGGGGUGUGGGGUUGUGUUGGUGGUGGGGGGGUUUUUUGUUGGGUUUUGUGGUGGUUGGGGUUUGUGUUUGGUUGUGGGUUUGGGGUUUGGUGGUGGUUAUUGGAUUGUGUUUUUGGGGGUUUUUGGGGUUUUUGGGUUGGUUUGGUUUUUUUGGGUGUUUGUUUUUUGUUGUGUGGUUUUGGUUUUUUUUGGUUUGUUUUUUUGGUUGGUUGUGUUUUUGGUUGGUUGGAUGGAGUGUUUUGUGGUUUUGUUUUUGUGGGUGGUUGGUUUUGGGGUUUGGUGGGGUUAUGUUGUGGGUUUGGGUGGGGGGGGUUAGUUUUGUUGGGUUUAUUUGGAUGGGGUGUUGGGGUGGGGGGGGGGGUGGGGGGUUGUUUUUGGUUGGGUAUUUUGGGUUUUGUUGGGGGUGUUUUUUGUUUGGGUUUUUUAGUGUUUGGGAUUAUUUUGAUUGGGGGGGGGUGGGUUAUGGUUUGGUUGGUGGUAUUGGGGGGGGGUUUUUGUAUUGGUUGUUGGGGGGGGUGGGUGGGUUGGUGUUUUGUGGGGGUUGGUUUGGUUGUUUGGGAUGUUUUUUAUUGGGGGGUUGGUGUGGAUUUAGGGGGUGGGGGUUUUGGGGUGGGUUUGUUGGGUGUGGGGUUUGGUUGGGUUUGGUGGGGGGGUUGGUUUGUUUGUUGGGGGGUUGUGGUGUUUGUGGUUUUUUUGUGGUGUGUGGGGUUGGGUGGUGGGGUGGUGUUUGGGUUGUGGUCUUUUUUUGUGGGUGGGGGGAUUGGUUUGGGUUGGAUUUUUUGUUUUAGUGUAGUUGUUGUUGGAUGGGGGGUUGGUUGGGGGGGAUGGGUGGGUAUGUUUGAGUUUUGUGGGGUUUGGGGGGUUGUUGGUUUUGUUGGGGGUUUUUUUGGUGGAUUUAAGUUUUUGUUUGGAUUUUUUUGGAUGGGUUUUGGGUUGUUUUUGGGUUGGUUUUUUGGGGUUUUUUGUGUUGGGGGGGGGGAUAUUUUGUUGGGGGAGUGUUUUUUUGUUUUGGGUGGUUGGGGUGGAGAUGGGGGGUUUGUGUGUAAGUGGGGGUUUGGGUGGGGUGUUGGUGGGUGUGUGUUGGUGGUUUUUUUGUGUGUGGUUGGGGGGGGGGUGUUUUGUUGGUUUUAA